GUUACGUUAGUUCCAAAUGUUCGAGAAAUUUGUUGAUAAAUUAUUCACAUUAAACCAAAUCAACAUUUUCUAUAAGACAGAUAAACAAUAUACUCUAUUAAACAAAAUUAUUGUUAUCAUUAAGUGGGUAAUUUAAUAAAUUUUAUUUAUUAAAUUAUUAUCUAACAGUGAUUUCCGUACCUAUGGAUGAAGAUCUAGAUUAUUUAAUUCAUCCUACAAGUUCCAAUGUUGACAAAAGUAACGUUAGCACAUAUCCACAACCUUUUCUUGGAAUUCGACAUGUUCAGGUGAUGUUCUACUUCCUACUCAUGACGUACACUUAUUGCAUGAGAACAGUUUUGUCCUUAGCAAUUGUUGCUAUGAACGAUAGAUCAGUUACUAUUAACCCCAACGUAGAAACAUAUAACUGGACUAACCAAAGCGUCAUCUUAUCAGCUUUCUAUUGGGGUUACGUGGUACUCCAAAUCCCCAUUGCGCAGUCGGCAAAAAAGUUUGGUGUAAAAUGGAUAUUGGUGGUGUGCGUUUUAGUAGAUUCCGGUUCUUGUAUGGCGAUACCAACAAUGGCAAAUAUUUUUGGUUCGGGAGGUGUAAUGGCGUGCAGAGUUCUUCAAGGUUUAGCUCAAGGAGGAAUAGCACCUCUAACUCACACUCUAUUGGGAUGUUGGGCACCACCAUCAGAGAGAUCUGUUUUAGGCACCAUCACCUAUGCAGGUUCAAUAUUUGGUUUUAUCUUAUCGUUGCCAUUAACUGGUUUAAUAUGCUCGAGUUGGAUAGGAUGGCCUGCAGCUUUUUAUCUCUUCGGAGCUUUGGGGUUAAAAUGGGUAGUACUGUGGUUAUUAUUUGGUGCUAAUAAACCCAGUGAACACAAGACAAUCACUACGGCAGAAAAAGACUAUAUUCAGCACAGCUUAGGAUACGAUGAACAUAUGGUUUACAAAACUCCAUGGAAGAAAAUAUUAACUUCUCCGCCUUUUUGGGCUGUAACUUUAGCGUUUGUUGGAGCGAACUGGAAUAGUUCUGUAAUAUCAACUGAAACUCCGACGUAUUUGUAUAAAAUUUUGGAAUUUGAUAUAAAAUCGAACAGUUUAUUAUCAGCUGCACCUUACGUUGCAAUGGGUCUGUGUUCAGUCAUUUUUAGUCCAACUUGCGACUGGCUGAUUAACAAGAAUAUUGUUAGAAGAGGACACGCCAGGAAAAUAUUCAAUAGUAUAGGUACUCUAUUACCGGCUAUUUGUUUAAGUUUACUGGGUUUCAUUCCGAAAGGGCACGCAAAAUGGUCGCUGGCUAUAUUAAUUUUUAAUGGUGGUGUUACUGCCGGAGGAUUUUGUGGAUUUCAAGUUAAUCACGUGGAUCUGUCUCCAAAUCAUUCGGGCAUUUUAAUGGGGAUUACCAAUAGCUGGACGAGUGUAUUUGCAAUAAUGUCUCCACUUAUUGUACAAUUCAUCGUUACUGAACAAACUAACCAAACGCAAUGGAGAACAAUCUUCUUAAUUUCCGCUUGCGUGAAUUUAUUCACCGAUUUAUUCUUCAUAAUAUUCGCGUCUGGAGAUAUACAGGAUUGGAAUGAACUUGCGUCAAGCAGAACAGACUGAGUGGUAAAAAAAAUUCAAAGAAAUCGGUCAGGAAUGGUCGAGAAGUUCAUUUUUGUAUUUUUUUGUACAUACCUAGGACCAUACCCUUUUGCUCAUAAGAAAAGAAACCCAAAUAUGCAAAUGGAAACCUUGAAAUAUGCACAAAAAUGACCUCCCUCUAAAAUGUUAGUUGACUAAAAAAUUGAAAUCCACAAUUUUGUCCAAUUACAUUUUUGAAAAAUUAUACCUUCCGGUUUGCUUGUGACAUUUUGAAAAGCUGCUUCAUAAUUGUUUGUUUAAAAUAUGAUUAAAACUAAAAUUUGAAAGUUCCAUAUUUUUCCCUUGUAUGGAAGAAAUUUUAUUCAAUGUCAAAUGUUAAAAAAAAUGAGUUUUUCGCAAUUUUCAGCAAAACGGUGAGUUUUAACAUAAAAAUACCUCAAACAAAAAUUGUAGAUUAUUAAAUUGUCUACAAAAAACAUAUUAAUACUUUUUUUUCUACGAGCCACCGUUUCUGAGAUUUAACGAUUCAAAAAUAUAUAAAUUCCUAUGAAAUAAUUUCAAAAUUUAAACGAAAACACCCAGAAUGUCCAAACGAUUCGAAAUCGGUCGAUAUCUUCUAGUUUAAAAUUGAAUCGAAUCGAAGCUGAAACACCCUGUACAUUGUUUAUUUAUUUUUGUAAUUCUCAAAAAAAUAACAUCUCGCACCAACCCACCCUUUGUAUUAAAUAUAAAUAAAUUAUAUUUACCAUUUUAACGUACGCAGAACUGUACACUUUUCCUAUAUUCACAGGGUAUUUAAAAAAAAAUUUUGCCGCAACUACUGGCAACAUUGUAUUGUUUUUGUCUCACUCUCAUAGAGGGCGCUAUUUACACGGUUCGUACCAACAUAACUUUUUCAAUAUUAGAUUUAUUAAGUAAAAUUUCUAGUAACAUUUAAUUUUACAGCAAAAACAUACUCUUAAGACAACUCGAUACUGUUUACCGUUUUCGGAAUAUUUUGAUUGGAAAAUUAUAAAGUAAAAACUGAUGCUGGUUAUUUGAUAUUUUUGCUUCGACGCCCCUUAUCUGGAAUACAGAUGACGAUACGAAAAAUUUUUACUAAGUAAACCCGAAAUAUUUUUCAGUUUUCUAUUUAAGUUGGAGACUUUUUUGAAACACCCUGUAUACGUAGUUCUUUGUAUUGCUUAAUCUAUACUGACGCCGAACUCACUUCAGGCAAAAAUGACUUAAUAUCAGACAUUUUCUUCGGACCGUUUGAGGUAAGUUUCUUAGAAACUGCAAUAAAAUUAAUUGCUACAAAAUUGUUUUUGUCUUGAAACGGCAAAAUAUGUGAUGUAUGCAGUUUGCAUAUUUGGGUUACCUUACGCAGUCAAAAAAAUGAUUUUCACUUCAUAUUUGGACGAAAACUAUAAUCCGGGAUCAAGUAGAUUAUAGUUCUUUCAAUAUCAAUUGCAGAUUAUGGGACGCCACUGCUUAUCGCAGACUAUCUAGCAGGUAUAUUUCAAAGAAAUAGUGUACAUACGCCUUCCGACAGCUCCCGCCAAUAUAAAUGCGUUUACGUUUCCACGUUUUCAUUGGUAAACAGUGGAGUCCACGUGGACUGACGGUUCGUUACAUGUUUACCGAAUUUUAUAUGGGGAGUAAACAUUAUUUUUCAUUUGUUAAUUUGGUAUAUGUGCAUAUUUAUGAAAUAUUUAUCGUUCCUCGCAUAACUGUCUUCUGUAAUUGAUUUUGAAAGAAAUAUACCUACAACUGAUUGCGGAUUCUAACCCAGAACAAGUUUUUUAUUUCCAUUUCACUCGAAAAUUCAAAUUUAAAACUAUAAAAAUCUAUUAUUUUUAUUACUUCAAUUUUGUUCAGUUAAUUUAUAACUUUAUAGUUUUUAUGUGUUUAUAUACUUUCACACAAUUAUGUAAUAAAUGUUUGAUUAUUGUUA